UAUACCUGUAUGGAAAUAUAUUUAUCUAUGUUUUCAUGUUUCGUGUGUUCAUAGGUUAAGUAUGGUGUAUAUACGUAAAUGUUAAAUGUUUUUCUCUUUAAAUACCAUAUAUUUCUUUUCAAUAUGAUAUGACGAAUAAUGACUAAGUAAAAUCAUGUGGUCUAAGGUAUUGGAUGAAAUUUGUACACUUCUGGAUACGUAUAAAGGUAGAGAUAAGAUUUUGAGGACUCUAAGUUAUGUAACCAAGUUCUUAGGGGGUGUACAGAAUAAUGAUGGAUUGGCUAAAAAAUAUUUUAUAUUCAGCUCGCAAAUGUCGGCAGCAAGGGCCACCCUUCGAUUGCUUGACGAUUUUCCCAUGAUCCAAUACAGUCUUCAGUAUGGUUGUGGAAAACACGAACCUGAUAAAUUUAUGGCCCAAUUAGGAAUACUGACCAAUAUAAUCGAUCAGGUAUAUUAUCCCAUUGAAAAGAUGUCUUGGUUUGCAGAACACAAGCUCAUCACAGGUGUAGAUAAUAAUAAAUGGGAUACAGCCAGUUCAAUUUGUUGGGUGCUAUCCUUAUAUUUAACACUUGUUAAAACCUUGCGGUAUAUCGCAGUUUUAGAAAGACACAAAAAUUGUGUUGCGCACUCCAAUAGUAUCCCUUACGAAAAGAUACUGUUGGCACAAAAAAAUGAAAUUCUUUCCGCUAUUAGAUUGUGUUUCGACUUGGUACACGCAGUAAACACUCUACCGCCAGGUUUCCUGUGGUCCUCCAAAUUGAAAGUAUGGCACGUGGGUCUAAUUGGCACCGUUUCGUCAAUUUUGGGGAUAUAUCAAAUUUUUUACAAGCGAAAAUUGAAAUAAUUCAAAUUCGUAAUUUAUUUAUGGUAAUUGUUAAUUGAAUUUAUUGUUGAAUUCUAUUUUGUAAUAUAAUUUAUCAAAAAAAUGAUCCGU